GCGACACCCACACACGUCGCCGCCACGUGUACGUGUCACGCUCACACCUCCCGUGCCGCCUCGCCCGCCCGAUUUUGGUGAGCGGCCGCGGUCCCCCCCUCCCCAUCCUCCAUCGUCCGGCCGUUUCGUUUCGUCUCCCCGCCGCGUUCUUAAAUCCCAAGCCCAAGCCGCCCUCGCACUUCCUCUUCCCCCACCUCGCCGAGCUCCACGCCGCCGCCGCGGCGCCCCGUCUCCCACGCCGCUUCGCCCCGUCGUCUGCGGGGGAGCCGCUUGGAGUCAAGAGCAGCGACCGGUUCAAGUCUCGGGGGACGACUCGACUCCUCCACGCGGGUCGCGGACUCAGCGGUGCCGUACUCUGCCACCCGUGUGUGCCUGAUAUAUGUGAGUUCGUGCCUUUUCCCUUGGGUGGCGGCAGCAGCAGCUGAGUCUCGUGGAGGAGGAGGUAGCGUCGUCGGUCGGCACGCGUAUGGCCAUGGACCUCGUCCGCCGGGAAGCGGACCGGGGCGCCGCGCCGGAGUUCGUGGCGGUCGACAUCGGGGGCGAGGCGGAGACGGCCGGGGCAGAAGCGGAGCCCAAGAUGGAGUCCUCCUUCGCUGGGAAGGGCCUCGAGCGGGAGAGGAGCGGAGACGCCAAUCCUUCUACCACAGGUGUGUUGGCCGUGUAUGAGAAGCAGGUGGUGCCUGUGCACGUUGAUGGUAGCCCAAAGGAGCAGUUCCACCCUUCAACACCAACAGCUGGUGGGGCAAAGCGCCGACGAACAGGCAGACGGGUCCCAGGGUGGCGUGACCCGAGGAAGAUCCUUUUUGCCUUCGCAGCACUGUCUAGUGUGGGCACGUUGAUCUUGCUCUACUUCACACUCUCAAUGGGGAGGAUGACAGGAGGUCAGGCUGAUGGCCAGUGAUGCCAUCUGACCGCACAGUUUAUCACUUUUCAUAGUGUUUCUGAUGUUUGUAAAGAUCAAGAAAUGGACGGUUGGUUUCUAUACUAGCAGUGUUACAUCACUGCUUAAUUAUAUCACCAUGAUUUAGAUGUUUGUACAAAAAUAUGUAGGCCGUAUGUUAGAGAGUUUUUAAGUGGCAUGAGGUGAUUGGUGAAUACUUGAAGUGUAAAUAAACACAUGAACAGCAAUUGGAUGGACGACGGCGGUGGAACAAAAUGGCAGGGAAAAUUGGAUAAAAGCAUUGUCGCUGCAACAACGAAGUUACCUAUUGUAGCUUUGGGAUUUUGACUGUACAAAUGAGGUUUUACACAUGAAGAGAUAAAUAUUCUUUUGCGGACCAUUGAACCGCUCCUCCUAA